AUGCCUAGGAGUUGUGACAACUGGGAAAGGCUGGUGACAGCCACCCUGAGAAGAGAAGAUCUCCGCCUCACUGCACUGAGGACUCCAAGUGAGCUUUCCCUGGCAUCAUUAUCAUCAUUUUCCUCCUUCAAUCUAGCUUCUUCCUCUCGACGAGUUUCAUCUUUCGACUUCUCCAGCUUGUUGGUGGGGGAUUCAUUGUCAUACAAUCAAAUUCUCCAAGCAACGGAUUACUUGAGUGAAAACAAGCUCAUCAAGCAUGGCGACUCUGGGGAUCUCUUUUUUGGAGUUCUAGAAGGAGGGACUCCGGUUAUAGUCAAGAAAAUUGAUCUCUCAUCAGUCGCCAAAGAAUCCCUUUUCAUAGAAGAACUGGAAAUUCUUGCGAAGGUUUCUCAUCAUCAUAGAUUUGUCCCUCUGAUUGGUCAUUGCUUGGAGAAUGAGAAGGAGAAGUUUCUUGUCUACAAGAAUAUGGCUAAAAAGGAUUUGUUAACUUUCUUCUCUAGAAAAAUAGAUUCAGGUAAUCUUAGAAAAUUACGAUUGGUGGACUGGAUAACGAGGUUGAAGAUAGCAACUGAAGUUGCUGAGGGUUUAUGCUAUCUACACCAAUGUGUCCCUCCCCUUGUUCACAGCAACAUUCAAGCAAGUAGCAUACUUCUUGAUGACAAGUUUGAAGUGAGGUUAAGCCUCUAUGAGGUCUUUGCUGAAGAAAACAACAUGCGUCAGAAUGGUAUUUCCAGGGCAUUUGGACAAGGCACCAUUGGCUGA